UGUAUGGAGUUAGAAAGAAGUGAUCUUACUAGACCUCUGUAGCCCACUCUUCAUCUCUGCUUGAGGCUAAAGCUAGGCAGGUACUAGCACAACACAACUGAACUGAAUCUAUGACCGAACUGUUGGCAGUCAAGUUGCAUCGUAGGUAAUGUAGGCAACAGGUUUUGACAGGGGGAACAAGAAUGUGUGGGAUAUCUAUGGUUCUGCAGCAUCACUUUUAUCUUUUUUUAAAACUGUCGAUCAUGAGAACUGUUGGAGAACUCUUAAGUACAAAUAUCCCGCUUUGUAUUACAAUCCCUCCUUCUUGGCUCAGCAAGAAAAACACUGUCAAUGGGAGCACAGAGGGAAUUUCAUACUAAAAAGACUGUAAUUCGGAAGAUGGCCAUUUGAUUUGUCUAAGUCAGACUGCUGAAGUCUCAUAUUAACUUCGGCUGUACUUUAAAAUGCAUUUUUGCACAGAAUGAGGACUGUGGAUUAUGGCCCCUUACAUUGGAGAGUAUGGACAGAAGAAACCAUUACAGCGACCAAAAAUGCUUUCAUUGUACAUGUGGGCAUGUCAGUGUUGUUUUAAGAUAGACUUGUAUAUAUAAUGUAUAUAAUGUAAAGACAUUUGCUCCUUGUGAUUGAGAUUGUGAUUAGAAAUGAGAAGAGGAAGUUAUCCCGACUGGUGGUCAAGCGAGCAUAAGGCAGCCUGGCAGAGGUUAGGAAACAACCCUUUUUUAAUCUCUCUCUCUCUCGCUCUCUCUCUCUCUCUCUCUCUCUCUCAUCGUUUCGAGAUAAAGCGACACAGCUUUGGUUGGAGGACGAAGAAAAACAGGGAUUUUGCAAGCCGGGAAUUGGCCAAAUUAAACGUAAUCAUGCAGUUGUUAUAUCACUCUCACAUCUGGCCCCAGGGUGAUUGGCCGGGGCACCUGUGCGGGCAGCCCGGGGGUGACAGGACGCGCGCUGUGGUCAGGCGAUCCAGUGCGCACUAACCAUGCCUCCGGCACGGCCCGGAGCACCAAACUUUCACCAACAACGCCCGGAAGUUUGUCGGAUCGUGACGGCACUGAAGGUGUUGGAGGGAAUAAAGAAUAGAGGGGGCUUUCAAUUUGCCCCGUUGCUGCUGAAGUGUUGCUGAAGAUUGGCUGCCCUGGUACUCUGCUGCUGAUUCUGGUGACUGAGCCUACAAUCUGUGUGUGUGUGUGUGAGAGAGUGUCUUAUCCUGGGGUCCCAAGGCUUUGUACUGGCUGAACCGCAGCCAUGGAGGUGGCCCUGGUAGACUUUGAAAGCCUGGAUGACCUUGACGGACUUGAGGAUGAGUUGGACACCUAUGCUGAUGAGACCACAGCUCUCACAGUGGACAUGCCCCCAGAGCACAACAGCCCAGGCAGCAACUGCCUUCUGCAAGCCCCUCAGCUGUCCUCUACGCCCUCGCACCACAGUCCUGUGCCCUCCUGCAUGUGGGAAUCCACCUCAUCUUCGCCCAUUCCACAGACACAGACACUAGGAGUACCCCGGUCCCCAUCCAUGCCAACUCCAAGCAGACAAGAGCGCAGUAGCUGUGCCAGUAUGAUCUCCAACUGGAAAUUGCUGCUAAGCAGUGAGGGCACUAAGGAGAGUGAGACGAUCUUCAGUCGGCUUGCUAAGGAGUGCUGCGAGGAUCUGUUUGUAGAUAAACGAGGGCUGGAUGAUGGAGACCAGAAAGUCAUCAUCAACAUUGCCGGCCUUCGUUUUGAGACACAGCUCAAAACUUUGGACCAGUUUCCUGAGACACUGCUAGGAGAUCCUUUGAAGAGGAUGGACUACUUUGAUCCAAUGAGGAACGAGUACUUCUUUGAUCGGAACCGACCCAGCUUUGACGGAAUCUUGUAUUACUACCAGUCAGGGGGUAAGAUCAGACGUCCAGCUAACGUUCCCCUGGAUGUGUUUGCAGAUGAAAUUCUGUUCUAUGAGCUUGGAAGUGAGGCCAUGGAGCAGUUCAGAGAAGAUGAAGGAUUCAUAAAGGAUGUUGAGAUCCCUCUACCUGAUAAUGAUGUGUACAGGCAAUUCUGGCUGCUGUUUGAGUACCCAGAAAGCUCAAAUGCAGCCCGAGGUGUAGCAUUGGUGUCUGUUUUUGUUAUUGUCAUAUCCAUCAUUAUUUUCUGCAUGGAAACACUGCCAGAAUUCAGAGAUGAUGCUGACCCAAUUGUGCCCACAGUGCUACAGCCUUUCAACCAAUCUAGAAUUUACACUUCUGUGGCUCCAUCUGGUGUAAAGCCCACAACUUUCUCUGAUCCCUUCUUCAUCGUUGAGACCGCCUGCAUUGCUUGGUUCUUCUUUGAGCUGUGUGUGAGAUUUUUGGUCUGUCCUAGCAAAAAGGAAUUUUUCCACAACCUCAUGAACAUCAUUGACAUUAUAUCCAUCAUCCCUUAUUUUGUUACUGUGGUUACAGAAUUGGUCACGACGCCUCAAGAGAGCUCAGGACAGAACAUGUCUUUGGCCAUUCUGCGUAUUAUCCGUCUGGUCAGGGUGUUUCGUAUAUUCAAACUCUCACGUCACUCCAAGGGGCUGCAGAUCCUGGGACAGACUCUGAAGGCCAGCAUGCGUGAGCUUGGCUUGCUCAUCUUCUUCCUCUUCAUCGGAGUCAUCCUCUUUUCCAGUGCUAUCUACUUUGCUGAGGUAGACGAACCUAACACACAGUUUGUCAGCAUACCUGAUGGCUUCUGGUGGGCUGUGGUUACUAUGACCACUGUAGGCUACGGGGACAUGUGUCCCAUUACCAUGGGGGGUAAAAUGGUGGGCACCUUGUGUGCCAUCGCAGGUGUGCUGACCAUUGCUUUGCCUGUUCCCGUCAUUGUUUCCAACUUCAACUACUUCUACCACAGAGAGACGGAAGCAGAGGACAAGUUGCCCUUGGCAGAUGCUGUUGAGCAAGCCAUGAAGACUGAGACAAGUACCACACAGGGUAGCAACACCUCGCUCAAUAAAGCCAAUGGCAUCUGGCAGAGUGACAAAGGGGAGACAUUGCUACAAAGCAGGAAAUAAAUAUUAAAGAAGAAGAGAGUAUGGAGGAAAUAAACUGUUAUGAUUUCCCUCAUCUAAUGGUCUAAUGGGCUCAAUGAGAUAAAAUGUUUGUACCAAGUGAAAAAUGUGUUUUAUAAGGAUAUACAGAAUGUACUGUACUUACCUCUUUUGUGUCUAAUAUGAAGAUGACACUGAAAAUAACAGACAAGUGGAAGAAUUCCCUAUGUUCAUGUUCAGGAUUGUAUGUCAACAUAUUUCAAUAUACUUUGUGCUGGGACUCUUCUUAUAGUUGCAUAGAAACAGAAAAAAACUCUUCAUUGUCAUAAUUCAGCAGUAUGUAUGUUUAUAGGAUUUUUUAUAAUUGUGGUCUUAUUUUCAUUGUCUUCGCCAUUAAUCCUAUUACUUAUAACAUUUUGCACACCAGCUUCACUGUUGAGAUAUUUGGCCACAAAUACUCACAACAGUGGCUUCUGGGGCCAUAAAACAUGCGUCUUAGACAGGUUUAAACCAGUCAAAUUUAAUGAAAGGUAAAGAGAAACGUUAAAGUUAAAUGCCACAAUUUAUUAACUGUUAACCGCGGGGACACUUCUUGGUUAAGCUUAUAUCCCGGUGGGGACUUUAACCUGAAUGCACACUAACCCAUGGGGACUUGUGUCACCGUGGGGACAAAAAUUGAGGUCCCCAUGGAUAGAGACUGCUUUUUAAGGGUUAAGACUUGGUU